CAGAUGAGGCGUUUUACGCGCGAGUGAACUCGCGCGUUUCAAUUUAUAUUGCGUCCAGAUAUCACGUGUUACGCGCGUUCCUACGCUGGGAGGCAUUCAGUUAUAAACAUGGACUCGGACACAGCGGUUGUGUUGUGGCUUGCAUACUGUCGAUGGAAACGUCGUAAACGAAGAGAAAGUCGACGAUUUAACGUGCAUCCAAUUCUACGUGACAGAAUGACGCAUAGUAUGUUCAUAACAUUAUAUCCAAAGCUCAGAGAACACAGCGAAAAAUUUUUCAACUACUUUCGAAUGUCAAUAACAUCUUUUGAUGAUUUACUGGAAAUUAUUCAAGAAGAUUUAACUCCAUGUCAAAAUUAUGUGGUACGGGAUACUGUUUCUGCAGAAGAAAAACUCGUGAUUACUUUAAGAUAUUUGGCCACAGGAUGUUAUUUUGCGGACCUGCAUUAUGCCUACAGACUAGGAAAGUCUACAGUUAUCGGAAUAGUACAGAAAACCUGUUACGUUAUGUGGCAAAAACUACAAAAUAUAGUAAUGAGAGAACCCACGAAGGCUGAAUGGGAAGAGAUUUCAAAACAGUUUCAAAAAUAUGCAAAUUUCCCAAAUUGCAUCGGUGCCAUCGACGGCAAGCAUAUCCGUAUUAUAAAACCCAACGAUUCUGGGUCUCUUUUUUAUAACUAUAAAAAUUAUUUUUCGACUGUUUUACUGGCUGUAUGCGAUGCAAAUUAUUGUUUUAUUUCAGUAGACAUCGGCGCAUAUGGAAAAAGUAACGACUCCUCAAUUUUUAAAGACUCAGUUUUGUAUAAAAAACUUGUCGAGAAAACUUUAGAUAUUCCAGAUCCAAAGCCAAUAUCGCAAACAGAUUCAACUCCCUUACCCCAUGUGAUAGUAGGAGAUGAAGCGUUCAGUCUGUCUGAAAACAUUAUGCGCCCUUAUUGCGGUAAAUCUCUAACAAUCAAGAAAAAAAUAUUCAACUACCGCUUAUCCAGAGCCCGGCGUUACAUUGAAUGUUGCUUUGGUAUCUUGGUAAAUAAAUGGAGAGUUUUUCAUAGACCGUUGAAUGUAGACUUAGAGUUUGCAGAAAACAUAAUUAAAGCUUGUUGUGUUCUUCAUAAUUACGUCAGGUUAAGGGAUGGUUAUAGGUAUGACCACACUCUGUACGAAACAUCUUUGAAUAGUUUGAACACUGAGGUAGUAAGGCCUAAUGCAAGAUCGCGAAAUACAAGAGACAAAUUCGCGGAUUAUUUUGUUAACGAAGGCAAACUCCCUUGGCAAGAUAAAAUGCUAUAGUAAAAUUAAUGUUAUCUAAGAAAUAAUAUUAUUAAAUAAACUAUCGUUUACUUACCUAAAGCUUUUUUCUUUUCUUGGGAAUCGCCAGGUUCACAAAAAAUUUCGACUAUUUCUUCCCAGUUCCUACGUUUUAUUACUCUAUUGGAAUAGUCUGAAGAUUCCAUAUCCCAUAUGGCUACUCUUUUUUCAAUUUCGUCUAUAAAAAGUUCAGUAUCGAAGUUAUCACGCUCCAUUUUUAGUACGUCCACUCGCUACAGAUUCGCGCGUAGUACUGGACGCAGUAACGGCGUUCGAGUACCUCGACUCGCGCGUUCUACGCGCGUAGAACGCGCGAGUCGAGAGUCUCGCUCGUUACCGGCGUUUUACGCGCGAGUGAGGAAACGCGCGUCAUCAUCUGGACGGAAUAUAUGUAGCUGUAGUAUCUCGGGAACGCGCGAGUGUCUACGCGCGCGUCGACUCGCGCGUAAAACGCCUCAUCU